AUGGACGUGAUGAGGCCCUUAAUAGAUGAGCAGGAUUUCGACGGUUCGUCAGACGAGGAACAGGAGCAGGAGCUCCUGCCGGCGCAGAAGCACUACCAGCUCGGGGGCCAGCAUGGGAUUUCAUUUCUGCAAACACUGAUGCAUCUUCUUAAAGGGAACAUUGGGACUGGCCUUUUAGGACUGCCCUUGGCAAUAAAGAAUGCAGGCAUCGUGCUUGGACCAAUCAGCCUUGUGUUUAUAGGAAUUAUUUCCGUCCACUGUAUGCACAUAUUGGUACGUUGCAGUCACUUUCUAUGUCAGAGGUUUAAGAAGUCAUCGCUGGGGUACAGUGACACUGUGAGCUUCGCCAUGGAGGCCAGCCCUUGGAGUUGUCUGCAGAGACAGGCAGCCUGGGGACGGACCGUGGUCGACUUUUUUCUGGUGGUCACACAGCUGGGAUUCUGCAGUGUUUACAUUGUCUUCUUAGCCGAGAAUGUAAAACAGGUUCAUGAAGGAUUCUUGGAGAGCAAAGUGUUUGUUUCCAACAGCACAGAUCCGACCCACCCCUGCGAGAGAAGAAGUGUGGACCUCAGGGUCUACAUGCUCUGCUCUCUUCCCUUCCUGAUUCUCCUGGUCUUCAUUCGUGAGCUGAAGAAUCUCUUUGUACUCUCGUUCCUUGCCAACGUUUCCAUGGCUGCCAGUCUCGUGAUUAUAUACCAGUAUGUGCUCAGGAACAUGCCAGAUCCCCACAACCUUCCCAUUGUAGCCGGCUGGAAGAAAUACCCACUGUUUUUUGGUACCGCUGUGUUUGCUUUCGAAGGCAUCGGAGUGGUCCUUCCACUGGAAAACCAGAUGAAGGAGUCUAAGCGCUUCCCCCAGGCGCUGAACAUCGGUAUGGCCAUUGUGACCGUUCUGUAUGUCAGCCUGGCCACGUUAGGCUACAUGUGUUUUCGGGAUGAAAUCAAAGGCAGCAUAACUUUGAAUCUCCCCCAGGACGUGUGGCUGUAUCAAUCAGUGAAAAUUCUGUAUUCCUUCGGCAUUUUCGUGACCUAUUCAAUCCAGUUCUACGUCCCAGCAGAGAUCCUUAUCCCCGGAGUCACUGCCAGGCUUCACAGCAAGUGGAAGCACGCCUGUGAAUUUGGGAUACGGUCCCUCCUGGUUAGCGUCACCUGUGCCGGGGCUAUUCUCAUCCCUCGUCUGGACAUCGUGAUCUCCUUCGUGGGGGCCGUGAGCAGCAGCACGUUGGCCUUGAUCUUGCCGCCCCUUGUGGAGAUCCUUACAUUCUCUAAGGAACAUUAUAACAUAUGGAUGGUCCUGAAAAACAUUUCUAUAGCAUUCACUGGGGUGGCCGGCUUCGUGCUGGGGACGUAUGUGACUGUUGAAGAAAUUAUUUAUCCAACUAGCAGAGCUGUAGCCCCACAAGGCCCCUUUCUGAAUCUGAACUCCACGUGCUCAGUGUCUGGGUUGGAAUAGUGGGAGCAGAGCCUCCUGCUCUGCUGCCUCAGUCCUGAAAAGAACUAUGAGCCAGAGAGAUCGUUGCUAUCAACUGAAAAGCAACAUCAAGGUCUCUACAGUUCAGGGCAUUAAUGGUUUGACAGUGAACUGGACUUCCUUAGUGGUGGGAAACUGUGGCAGUCUUGGUUUUAUUCAGUAGCAAUGCCACUUUAAAAAUUAGCUUUGAAAGUUGGAAAAUUGAAGCAGUUAGAUAAUAAACACAAACACCUUAUUCUCCAUUUCUGUAAGGACCUCUUUGACCAAGCGAUAUCUUUCUUACCGCUGUGCCCGUCUUCUGCCCCAGUUGGGAAGAUAGGGUUCACAAUUUGGAAUCUAUAAGGACUCAGCAAAUCCUCUCUCUAGACCCUUCCACUGCACAUCAAAGUAAACUUUAUGUGUGUGUGGAACAUGAGAACUAUGUUGAUUGGGUUUUUAUUAGGCAGCUACUACUGGCAGCCCGAGAGCAUAGAUUCCCAUCAGCCAUCAUGUGAACACAGAGCGUUCCCAGAGCUGGACGUGCUCUAAUGCUGUCCAGGCAGCUGGGUCUCAUAGUCUCUGGAAAGCGCUGAGCAAGGUUCUUAUGUCUCCAUUGCGUUUGAAAAGGCCUCUGAAGUUCCCGACCACAGCUUCCUUGCUUUUCACUGUAGGAAACAGUCCCAGAAAUGGUAGGUGACUUGGUCAAGAGCACUCAGCUUUCAGAUCAUGAGAAUCUGACCAUUUGACCCCAGGCAGGAAUUUUAAAAAAUUAUUUCUUCAUGUCAUAACUAAGAAGAAAAAAAUUGCAUUCAGUUUAAUUUUAGUGUAGAGUCUUUAAUUUUUUCAUCCUUGAGAGUGCAUGCAUGAUCCUUAAGUAGUGUGUGUGACCAGAACAAAAAACCAGGAAACUCAGAAUCCUGCCUGGUGGCCUCAUAGGCCUUAACCACGAAAAGAAGUUAAGUUCCUUUAAAUAUCAGGAGCCCAGCUGACAACCUGUAGAGUAUACUGCUCACAGGAAAUGAGGUUUCCCUCGACAGCAGGAGGUGCCGGCUUGCUGUGGGGUUUGCUGGCACACUCUUCUAGGUUGUGAGGCACCACAGAUACUUAAUUAAAUGCAGGAUUUGGGACCCUCCCAGCCUUGAGGCUCUCCUUACCCAAUCUUCCAUUGAUAUGAACUGGCAGAGUAAAGGAACUCUAAAAUGCAUGCUUAGGAAAAAUCAAAACAAUAAACUGUCUAGUAAAUAUUGAGAUACUCCAAGUAUCAUCCAGAGAAAUACCAUCCAACACUCCAUCUCCAAACACACAUAGUAGCCAAAACAGAUUCUCAUUUGACAGUAAAGAUGAAAAUUACAACGUUUAAAGGAUUAGAUAUAGGACUGACUUCUGAUUUUUUAAAAAGAAUCCACACUUGUAAAGCAUGAACUUUUAAACCACCUACAAGUACUCUGUUCCUCUGUAAGAUGCCCUGAGGCUCUUUCUGGAUAGCCUCUACUUUUCUAUGUAAAUGUUAACUUAUGCAGGUAUUUUUGCUUACAUCAUUACCUUGUCUUCAAGGAUGAGCCGGAAACUACCAGAAGCUUUAUUUUGGUACAGAUUCAUAAGAACCAAAACUUUAAAAACUUUCAUGUUAUAUAUUUCCAAUAAUGGUUUAUGAUGCUUUUUAUCAAAUCUGUUACAUUGAGCCAUCAA